UGGGGACAGGCGGGGCUGAGGAGACCGGGCGUGGUCUUACACCGGCAGGUGAACUGAUACCUCAUUCAAGAUCCCUGAUUUCCAGAGCGUAGACAUGUCGUAUGUGUUCACCUCAGCGAGCGGGGGCUCCCAGAAGAAGGCGGCGGUGAAAGACCGCGGGACGUUGGGAGUCAAGGCCAGGAAAGCCAGCUACCAGGAGCUGAAGAACCAGUGCCUGAAGCAGGGCGUCCUGUUCGAGGACCAGGAGUUCCCCGCCGGCGAGUCAUCGCUCUUCUACAGCGAGAAGCCCGCAGUUGCCUUCGAGUGGAAGCGGCCCAGAGAGAUUUCAAGUGACCCAAAGUUCAUUGUCGGUGGAGCAUCGAGGACAGAUAUUUGCCAGGGAGAUCUGGGAGACUGCUGGUUCCUUGCUGCUGUUGCCUCACUGACUCUGAAUGAGAAGCUGCUGUACCAGGUCGUCCCUCCCGAUCAGACCUUCGGCCGAGACUAUGCUGGAAUCUUUCACUUUCGGUUUUGGCAAUAUAACGAGUGGGUGGAUGUUGUGGUUGAUGAUCGUUUGCCAACCUUCAGAAACCGCCUGGUGUUUUUACAUUCUGCCAGUAACAAUGAAUUCUGGAGCGCCUUAUUGGAAAAAGCCUAUGCCAAGCUCUAUGGAAGCUACGAGUCACUGAAAGGAGGCAGCACCUUGGAGGCCAUGGAAGACUUCACAGGUGGUAUGGGCGAGGUGUUUGAUUUGAAGGAGGCUCCCCCAAACCUGUUUACCCUCAUUAGAAAGGCGCUGAACCGGGGCUGCAUGCUGGGAUGCUCCAUUGACAUUACAAGUGCAGCUGAAACGGAAGCUCGGACCCAGACAGGACUCAUCAAAGGACAUGCGUAUUCCAUUACUGGUGUGGACCAGGUGAACUACAGAGGUCGUCCCGUGCAGAUGAUCCGUGUAAGGAAUCCCUGGGGCCAAGUGGAAUGGAAUGGACCCUGGAGCGAUGACUCUCCCGAAUGGAAGUCGGUGGAUGCAGCUGAUUAUCAAAGGCUUAACAUGAUCUCCAAAGAUGACGGCGAGUUUUGGAUGGAAUUUAAUGAUUUUAAGAAACAUUACUGCAAAGUGGAAGUGUGUAACCUUACACCGGACUCGCUAGGAGACGACACUUCUCACAAGUGGGAGGUGAUAACCUUUGAAGGGGUUUGGACCAUAGGUUGCACAGCUGGCGGAUGCAGGAACUUCCUAGACACUUUCUGGACCAACCCCCAGUAUAAGAUAAAGCUACUGGAAGAGGAUGAGGAGCAGGAGGAUGGCAAGAACGAAUGUACCAUGGUGGUGGCUCUCAUGCAAAAAAACAGGCGCAAAUUGCGGAAGGAAGGAGCGGUGCUGCUGACCAUUGGAUUCGCCAUUUACCAGGCUGAAAGUGGAGUUGAUCAUCUGCCAAAAGAGUUCUUCCGAUUUCAUGCUUCGCAAGCAAAGAGCAAGACCUACAUUAAUUUAAGGGAAAUCUGUGAAAGGUUUAAACUUCCACCAGGGGAAUAUGUCAUUGUUCCUACUACGUUUCAACCUAACGAGGAGGCUGAUUUUCUCGUUCGCAUCUUUACGGAGAAGCAAGCUAAAUCCAUUGAACUGGGAGAUAAAGUUGGUGCAGAUCUACCAGAGCCACCUAAAGCAACGCAGAGACCCCAGGAGGAGAGUGAAGAAGAAAAGCAGUUCCGUGCCGUGUUCGAGCAAAUCUCAGGGAAGGAUCUGGAAAUCAAUGCUUAUGAACUGCAGGAUAUUUUAGACCAUACGUUUUCAAAACAAAAAGAACUGGGAAUUGAGAGCGUUGAUAUCGAGACGUGUCGCAGUAUUGUGUCCCUCUACAAUAAAGAGAAUACUGGAGGACUUGGGUUUGAAGAAUUUAAGAUCUUCUGGAAGAGGUUGGGCACAUGGAAGAAUGCUUUCCUGAGGUGCGACCAUGAUAAAUCAGGGACUAUAUCAGCUCACGAGCUUCGAUCUGCUAUCAAGAAUGCUGGGUUUCACCUCAACAACCAGUUAUUGCAACUAUUGGUCCUCCGAUAUGCAGACACUUACCUACAAGUCAAUUUUGAUAACUACAUACGUUGCAUGGUUCGGUUGGAGACUGCAUUCAGAUUGUUUAAGUCUCAUGAUACCCGGCAGACUGGUGAAGUGACUUUGAACUUGAUGCAGUGGCUCUUACUGACUAUGAACAUAUGAAGAUUGAACAGAAGAUUGUUGUGCGUCAGUGCAUCCUACUAACAAAUGAUCUUAAUUUUCACAUUAGGCUGGGUACUAUAUGCAACUGAAUGAGGCAUUCUUUGCAUUUGAUGACUUUUUAAAUCAUACUUUUAUAUAUCUGAGCAUUCUUGCUGGAACUGUUUUGGCAAAUAUACCUACUACUGAGAAUACUGCUCUAGGGAUAUCGUCUGCUUUGCUGCUGCAUCAUAUUCCUCUAUUGUGAGGCCAAAGUCAUUUCUUGGUACCUUCUAUCAUCAAAUCCCAUUGCACUUUUACAUCCAUUCUCCCAGUAGAGCUCAUCUACCUAGUACAUUAAUCCUCCUUUUUCGAUUUCUCUGGUAGUUUUAAGUCUCUCAACAAGACCCCUCUCUCUAGACUUUAAGUAUGUGAACUCUCCCAUUAUACAAUCCCUUUCAUGACAUUAACUCUCUCAGUGAAGCUCAUUUUUGAGAGCUUAAGGCAUAGACUUCCAGGGUUAGUAAUUGUAACAGAAACUUUCUAAAUAGGUGGAUGAUGUGGUUAAAAGGUUGUAGGCAUUUGUCAGUCAAUUUGUGAUUAAAACUAUUUGCUUGUGUGGAGGUAGACUAUGUGGGUCAGAUAGGCUGUUUCUCUGUUGUAUUCUUCUGCACCCAAUCACUUUUGAAUGAAACCCCCUUAUUCACACUUGACAAAAGAUGCAUCCUUCCUAAAUGACAUCUGCAGUUUGUUCCCACAUCCCAAAGACAGGGGUUGGUAGGGUACUUGGCUGCUGUAAAUUUCCCUUAGUGUGUACGAGUGAGUGAUAAGAUCUGGGGGAGAUUGUUGAGAAUAAAAAGUAGGAUUAAUGUUGUGUGUCCUGACUCAUGGACACCUGUACAUAUGAACAAGCUCCCAUAAUAUUAUUAAAUUCAAAAGUCUGAUGUAUGAUGACCUGAUAGAGGUGUAUACGAUGAUAAGAGGCAGUGAUCAGAGGCUUUUUCCCAGGGCUGAAAUGGAGCUGGGGAGUAGGUACGGAGAUGUCAGGGGUAAGUUUUUUACUCAGAGUGGUGAGUGCGUGGAAUGGGCUGCCGGCGACGGUGGUGGAGGCAGAUACGAUAGGGUCUUUUAAGAGACUGUUGGUUGGAUAGGUACGUGGAGCUUAGAAAAAUAGAGGGCUAUGGGUAAGCCUAGUAAUUACUAAGGUAAGGACAUGUUCGGCACAACUUUGUGGGCCGAAGGGCCUGUAUUGUGCUGUAGGUUUUCUAUGUUCUAUGACAUCACAGCUCUACAACUCCUUUUAGGGAGUUGGGCUGUUCCCAAGAUUUCCUGAGGGCCUUUUCUCAAAUGGCCAUCAAGCUAUGGGCAUCAAUUAUUCCAAACAUUUCUCUUUCAUUUUAUCACUAAUUGUUUUCUCAAUGAAAAACAUGACCACCUCUAAGGCUUGAAGGAGGGAACCAAUUCAUCCCAUCACAAGAAAUGGUUGAGGUGAACAGCAUUUGAGAAGCUAGAAGGAUAGAGUAGAAAGUCUUCUUGAAACUUAAGUAACAAUAUUGGGCCAAUUAGCCACUUUCUGUGCUAUAAAUUCCAUGAUUCAAUAUAGGUUUUUAAGUAUUUUUAAUUGAUUUUUUUUGUGAAAAGUUGGGUUUGGCAUAUUAGCUGGUUAUCUAAAAUGAGAACCACACAGUUUAAUUGUUAGGAAAGUUGCACAUUAGUUACCAGAUCCAAAUCAAAUAUGUUCAAGGUAUGACAUACAUGGUGCUAAUGCAGUACUGUUAUAAAGCAUAUAUGGACAUAUUUGGUUUCUGUUCAAUUGAGCUGAGAUUUCCAUGUCCUCCAACAUUUCCUUUGUGCAUCACUUGAGUGAGCAACUGCCAGUUUAUAACUCAAAAAAAGAGGUGCUGAACAAUUAUAUAUAUUUAAAGAAAACUAACAACUAGUCUUUCUUGUGCCCCCCCCUUGUGGGGGGGGGGGAGAAAAGAGGAGGAAAUAAGUCUGAACCCCAACAUGCUACCAAAGUGUUAAAUGUAAAAACUGCAUCCUACUAGACACUGCCAUAAACACCAAGAUCAACAGAGUGAAAAUGCUCAGCGUCAGAAAUAAUGGGAAGACCUGAACUAUAGUGCAACAUUCAAAUACAUCUUAGCUCACUGUAUUAGCCUGCAUGCUGGUGCUGCCCUGAUCACCUCAAGCAGUCUAUUGAGAGGGACGUUCUUCAAGUGCCUGACAGGACAGAUGGUCAGGUAGUUUUGAGAGUUUGUGCAUUUCCAUCAUGCAAGUUGGGCUUCUGACAUGCAAAUUUGAAGUUCCCACUGCCAUUCCAACUUCUGCUUCUCCACUUUGAUUUACUGUUGUCCUUUCCUAGCCUGUUGCAAUGUUUCCCUGUCCCUACUAUGUACAGUCAUGUACUAGGGCCAGACUUUGCCAGUCCCCUUUUGUGCUGUGCACAGUAAUGGUUGCCUCAAAGAACAAUAAGUAAAAGAUAACCAAAUACAUCAGAAAUUGAGACAAUUUGAGUCUAUCUGAAGCCUUCUGAUUUCCUAAUGCACAGUAUUUGCUUAUUUCUUUUUCUAUGUUAUUAAAUUGCAAGUGGCAUCAACAAAAUUCACUUAGGGAAAAAGGGCCCCUGUGUCUGUAAUUCACCUGGAGAUGUGAAGCAGUUUUAAUGUCAAGUUUUAAUCUUUGGAUUCUGAUCUACAUUUUGUAUUGAUAAAAGGGGAGAUGAUGGAAAUAAAAUCACUGUCUGGUGUGGUAUAAUCUGACUCUUUCUUGUUACUAUUGUGCAUUUUUUCCCCACAAAUACCAACUAGCCAUCAUGAGAUUUAAGGAAAAUACUACUACACCCUUACUAGAUGAUCUCAACCAACACUGCAAACCUGCAUCUCCACAGACCACCUUUAUCCUCAGAGUGACAUUGUUUUACCUUUUACCAGCCAAACCAUAAUAUUAAUGUUACUUUUUAGCAAUAACUCAUGUGUUUGUAUUCAUGGGAAGGUAAGUAGGGCUCCUGUAUCUAUGACAGUUUAAAAUGACCAGUUAAUGCAAAGUUUACCAGCCGAUCUAGCCCCCUACUCUGCUCCCUGUACACUCAUGACUGUGUGGCCAGAUUCUGCUCUAACUCCAUCUACAAGUUUGUAGAUGAUACCACCAUGGUGGGCCACAUCCCAAAUAAUGAGUUGGAACACAGGACACCAGAGAAAGCAUCCCAUCUGGAUGCAUCAAGGCUUGGUAUGGCAACUGUUCUGCCUGUGACUGCAAGAAACUACAGAGAGUUGUAGACACAGCUCAGCACAUCCACGAAAACCAGCCACCCCUCCAUGAACUCUGUCUACACUUCUCGCUGCCUCGGUAAAGACCCCACCCACCCCGGACAUUCUCUCUUCUCCCUCCUCCACUCAGGCAGAAGAUACAAAAGCCUGAAAGCACGUACCACCAGGCUCAAGGACAGUUUCUAGCCCACUGUUAUAAGACUAUUGAACGGUUCCUUAGUACAUUAAGAUGGACUCUUGACCUCACAAUCUAACUGCUUAUAACCUUGCAUCUUAUUGUCUACCUGCACUGCACUCUCUCUGUAACUGUAACACUUUAUUCUGCAUAUUGUUAUUGUUUUCCCUUGUACUACCUCAAUGUACUGUUGUAAUGAAUUGAUCUGUAUGACCAGUAUGCAAGACAAGCUUUUCAUUGUACCUCGGUACAAGUGACAAUAAUAAACCAAUUUACCAACCACAA